AGAAGCAGGACACAUAUGUUGCCUGUCCUGGCAGAAUGAGGAGUAAUUGGACAGCAGAGAUCAUCCACUAGGAAUAAAUGGCAAAGUGGGUUUUCUGGAGCUCCAGAGGGCCAGGUACAGUCCUUGAGCUCCUUGCAACACGGCAAUCUCCUAAUGACUUCAGCUGGAAUUAUGAUUGCUCCAGGGACUCCAGAUUGCCAUGAACUGGUUACAAUGAAUAACUUAACUGCAUUCCCAGGAUCUGCGUAAAUAACUUAACACUCAGCAAAAUAACAGUGGAGGAGCAGCAAUUCAUCCCUGGCAUCCUACCGCCUGGAAGUUAAGUAGCAGAUCUGAAGUCAAACUCGGAUGCCAACAGCUUUUGCCACCAAAGGCUUUGGUGGCCGUUGUAUUUCUCCCGCCAUAUCUAGGUCAGUGUGGUGCCGCAAGCUUUCCUAAAGCAUCUUUAUCCUCUGUGCCUGGACAUUUAUGCAGCAUCUUCCUAAACCGGCACUGACAACUCAGGCCUUUCAGCAACACGAGAAAUGGAAGCACUAGAAGUUGACGACAUUAGCCCGGCCUUGGAGGUGACGGAAGAUUUCUUCAAUAGCUUUGAUGCUAAGCUGGAAAAGGUUGUGCAACCCUCCGAGGUGUAUGGGGUGCAGGAGGUUCCCGAGCUGGUAGGACAUGAAGUAUUCAAUCAGAUAACGAACAGCGGAGACCUGAGAAACAUCACUUCCUUAGCUAAAAACAGCCUCAUUUGGGAACGCUGCAGAAACGGCCUCUUGGAAGCCAACGCUCCGAAAGCGUUCCCUGCCAAAGGUCAGUUUACAGGGCAAAGGGAGACAGCCCCGGAUAAUCUCUCCUGGGUGGAGCAAAGGGAAGCCUCAACUUUUAAUAUUUUUAAUCUCUGUCAGCGGCGGAGAGACAGGCCCCGCUCUGUGAACGAUAUCCUAGUGCAGAACGAGGAAGCCUCCACUUUCAAGCCAGGGCAUAACCGGUCACGCUCAGAUGCAAGCCGCAUAGACUGGGGACUUGUCUUCACAGGUGCAUCUGUGCAGCCGCCGUUGAGUCAGGACACCAAUUGCUCCGGGCUUUCAUGCCCAUCACCCGCACUAAAUAAGGGAGAGGACGUUCAAGGAAACACUGAACGCAAGCUGACGUUCCCAAAUAUUCAGAAGAAGGGAUAUCUAGAAAUUAGAAAGGACCAUGACAGCUAUUGGCAGCCCUGCUAUGCAGAGCUCUCUCCACACAAACUGUAUCUGUAUUACCUCGACAGCAGCGGCAACCAGAAUUUUCCUAGCGUGUACCUGCUUUCACAUUUCCAAAGUGUCACUGUCACAGUCAGCGCUGAAACAAAGAUGGUGGAUGCCGUUCUGUCGGACAACUCCCAGCUGCAGCUGAAGGCAGAGUCACCGUGGGAGACUUUGGACUGGGGGAAGAAACUUUGGGAGGUGGGGCAUUCCUCUGCGCCAACGUUCAUGAGGCAGCAGGAAGACCUAGAGGACUCACAGAAGCUGGACAACAACAGGGACCUUCCCCAGAUUCAUGGCUUACAAAAGAAGCCUGCUGAGCUUUUCCAGUGUACAGCUUUGAGCCAAAAUACAAAGGAGUACCAAAACAUUCUCAGGUCAGGGACUCUUUAUAGGUUAACGGUCCAGAAUAACUGGAAAGCAUUUACUUUUGUACUGAGCAGAUCUUGUCUCAUGGCAUUUCAGCCCGGGAGUCUCGAUGAAGACCCUCUUCUGAGCUAUAACAUUGACGUGUGCCUGACUGUCCAGACAGAUAUUCUGGAUGACUGUGACUCAUGCUUUCAGGUCAUUUUCCCUCAAGAGGUUCUUCGGCUGCGUGCAGAGACCCGUCAGAGGGCACAGGAGUGGAUGGAGGCCCUGAAAUCUGCUGCCAACGCAGCCAGAAGUUUAGGUCCAAACCUGGAGGUUACUCUCAGAAACAAAGCCAGAGAUCAGCCUCUGGGGAAGGACUUCAGGCAGAGCAAGCGCCAGUCUGUGACCACCAGUUUUCUGAGCAUUCUGACCACUUUGUCUUUGGAAAGAGGACUCACAGCCCAGAGCUUCAAGUGUGCAGGUUGUCAGCGCUCUAUAGGCUUGUCCAAUGGAAAAGCCAAGGUGUGCAGUUACAGCGGAUGGUAUUACUGCAGCACCUGCCAUGUGGAUGACAACUUUCUAAUCCCCGCACGACUGGUUCAUAACUGGGACACUUCAAAAUACAAGGUAUCAAAGCAAGCCAAAGAGUUCUUGGAGUAUGUGUACGAGGAGCCGUUGAUUGACAUCCAGCAGGAAAAUCCCAUGUUGUACAGACAUGUUGAGCCACUGGCGACUGUCGUCCGUCUGAGACAGCAGCUGAGAUCUCUCAGAGCCUAUUUGUUCAGCUGCAGAGCAGCAGUGGCAGAAGACCUGCGCAGGAGAAUCUUCCCCAGAGAGUACCUCCUUCAGCAGAUCCACCUGUAUUCCCUGGCAGACCUACAGCAGGUUAUUGAAGGAAAAUUGGCUCCUUUUUUGGGGAAGGUAAUCAAGUUUGCCACCUCUCAUGUGUACAGCUGCAGCCUUUGUAGCCAAAAGGGCUUCAUUUGCGAGAUUUGUAACAAUGGAGAGAUCCUUUACCCCUUUGAGGAUAUUUCAACAAGCAGGUGCGAAUGCUGUGGCGCUGUCUUCCACUCGGAGUGUAAAGUGAAGUCUGUCCCGUGCCCCAGGUGUGUGCGCAAAGAGCUGCAGAAGAAGCAGAAGUCCUUCUGGAGGAGACUGAAUAUGGACGAGAGCCUGGAAGAGUCUUGUACCAUGUUCGAGCUGUCCUAUCAGAACACAUGACUUCCCUUAGGCCCUGGCUGACUAGAAGAGAUCGUCUUUCUACAGUCACCAGUUCAAGCCACUUCUCAGCUAGUCAGGCAGCAACCUGAUUGCAAAGACUUGGCCUGACCCUCAUCCUGAUUAUCGCUUAGCACUGGCCAAAAGGGCCAUGAAACCUGGAUGGCUUUAGAAUAUCAACAGCCAAAUUGCAUUUUGCAGUGAAGUUGAACCACUAGAUCUCAUGCGAAAUGUGGCUUGCUUGAAAUGUUUUCAGUCAAGCCCAUUAAGCGCUCAACCUUUUGUUUUCCACCUCAGGAGAAGAUUUUCCUCAAGGCAGAAAAGAUUUCCUGCCACGACCACAUGGCUGUUAUUUUUGUUGUUCUUCGGUCAGAAACAGUGAAUCAUCUGCUUAUUUAAGCCUAUUAUUUUUAUUAGUCUUGGCUGAGGCUCUGGUGAAAUGUUUUUCAGGAGCCGAGAAAGUAGCAAUGGUACCGUGCCCACCUGGUUCAUCUGACGCAGAUGCAUGGAUCAUUUUUCUAAUGGCUUUGGGCUUUUUUUUUUCCCUCCACCCAAAGAAAAAAGAGCUUUUCAUGUCAGAUUUUAUUCAGGAUGUUUUCAAACGUAAGACCCAGGAGAAUUCCUUUAGGUGUGUGUCUAUAUUUAUAGCCUUCCCAGCAGAAUACUAUAUGAGCAACAGAGGAUUAAUUGCUAUUUUUGGCUGGGGUGGCAAUACUAUUCUUGCCCUGUUACUGGAGCAUCAUACCUUCUGCCUGCCGCUGCUGUCUACUCAAGCCUCUAUUAACGGGAUAUUAGUUCAAAUCCCCGGUACGUUCACAUUCACAGCCAUUUUAAACCACCAGAUCAUUUUGUUUUUUAGCUCAUCUUAUAUUAAUGAGCAAUGCUUUAUCCGUAGGGGUGAUAAACAUGCUUCUCUCACCUGGAUCUGCUAGAGCUACAGGAAAAGAUUUCUUCUGCCUUUAAUAUAUAUAUAUGUGUGUGUAUAGUGUAUGUGUGCAAAAUUUCCCUAAUCAUGAAACAUAUUUCAUCUUUUUCCUGCAUCUUUCUUGUGCAUUUUGUGUGCUGCACUGGCCCCUGGCAGCAUUAUGCAGGCUCCAGAGGGACUUUAGUACUUCAAUAGGAACUUACCAGGGGGAAAGGGCAGUUCUUAGAAGUGUGUUCUGCCCCACAUACCUGGAAUACGGGGAAACAAGAAACACAUAAGUCAUGUUUCUGUGCAAAGAGAAUGUGUGAUCGAUUUAAUUGGGAAAACGUGUAUAUUUCACCACUGACAAUGUCUUUCACCACCAGUGAGUCUUUGAGAUAGUCUUCACUUUAAUCCAUUAAAUAUCUUGAGUUUUUCUCCGAUCCCUACAGAAGUAUGUAUGUUACAUACAUAUGUACUCAUGUAUAUUUAUAGAAAGCAAGUACAGUGUCAGGAGAAAUGUUCA